GAAUAAAAUUGGGUUUAGCGCGGCUUCCCAUUAUAUGACGGCGCCCGUAAACACUAAUACGCUGUCGUUCCGUUAGUAUCUUCUUUGAAUUCCAAAGACUCCAUUUCAAUUGCAGUAACAAAUCAACGGUGAUGGAGGAGAAGCCAAAGAAGCUAUUGAUUUUAUAUGCAUCUGAGACUGGUAAUGCCAUAGACGCCGCUGAGCGUCUUGGCCGUGAAGCUGAGCGCAGAGGAUGCCCCGUCUUGUUGCUCUCUGUUGAUGAUUUUGACCCUAGUUCUCUACCGGACCAGGAAAUUGUAAUCUUUGUGGUCUCAACUACAGGUCAAGGGGACAACCCAGAUUCUAUUAAGGUGUUUUGGAAGUUUCUCUUGCAAAGGAAUCUUACCCAGAGUUGGCUUAGUAGAGUCAACUAUGCUGUGUUUGGUUUGGGUGAUUCGAGCUACCAGAAAUAUAAUUUCGUUGCAAAGAAACUUGACAAAAGACUUGCAGAUCUUGGUGCGACAGCAGUGGUGGAAAGAGGUCUGGGAGAUGAUCAGCACCCUUCAGGGUAUGAAGGUGCUCUGGAUCCUUGGAUGUCCACCUUGUGGAAAGCAUUAUACCAAAAAGAACCAAAAUUAUUCCCUAAAGGUCCAGAAUUAAUGACUUCAAAUAUGAGUUUGAUGGAUCAACCUAAAGUACAGAUUACAUAUCAUGAUGUUGCUGAAGGGACUUUUAACUUUUCAUCCAUCCCAGAUGUCAAGCUUCUUGAGAUGCAGAUUGAGAGCACACGCUUCAUACUGCCAGGAAAACUUUCUGGAAAGUACAGCCCCGAGUGCUUCUUAAAAAUGGUUAAAAAUGAUCCAUUAAGUAAAGCUGGCUGUGGGAAAGAUGUCCGCCAUUUUGAAUUUGAAGCUGUUUCAUCUACUAUUGAGUAUGAGGUUGGUGAUGUUGUUCAUAUUCUUCCUGGCCAAGAUGCUGCAGCUGUUGAUGCUUUCAUAAAGCGCUGUAAUUUGAACCCUGAAUCAUAUAUCCGAGUUCAGCCUAAAGAUAAUAAAGAAAAUGAACAAAGUCAUGAUUUGAGAAAUACAUUGAAGGUCCCUGUAAGAUUGAAAACUUUUGUGGAACUGGCAAUGGAUGUUGCAUCAGCUUCCCCAAGAAGAUAUUUCUUUGAGGUUAUGAGUUAUUUUGCCACUGCCGAACAUGAGAAGGAGAGGCUUCAGUACUUUGCCUCACCAGAAGGAAGGGAUGAUCUUUAUGACUACAAUCAGAGGGAACGAAGAACUGUACUGGAGGUAUUGGAUGAUUUUCCAUCCGUUCAGAUGCCGUUUGAAUGGUUGGUUCAGUUGGUACCUCCACUAAAAACUAGGGCUUUUUCCAUCUCUUCUUCUCACUCAGCUCAUCCAAAUCAAGUGCAUUUAACAGUUAGUGUGGUGGCGUGGACAACACCUUAUAAGAGGAAGCGCACAGGUCUUUGCUCGCCAUGGCUAGCUGAACUUGAUCCUCAAAAAAGUGUCCUCAUACCAGCAUGGUUUCAAAAAGGUUCUCUUCCUUCCCCUCCACCUUCACUACCUCUCAUUCUAGUUGGACCUGGCACAGGAUGUGCACCUUUUCGUGGGUUUGUGGAGGAAAGAGCCCUUCAGAGUCAAUCCGGUCCAACUGCUCCCAUUCUUUUCUUCUUUGGUUGUAGAAAUGAAGAUAAUGACUUCUUAUACCGAGAUUUUUGGUUGUUCCAUUCACAAAAGGGUGGAGUCCUUUCUGAAGAAAAAGGUGGUGGCUUUUUUGCUGCCUUCUCCAGAAACCAGCAACAGAAGGUUUAUGUGCAGCAUAAAAUGAGAGAAGCAAGCUUUAAGAUAUGGAAUCUAUUAACCGAGGGGGCAGCUGUGUAUGUCGCAGGCUCUGCCAAUAAAAUGCCUUCUGAUGUGCUGUUGGCAUUUGAAGAAAUUGUAUCUAAAGAAGGCGGGGUUCCAAAGGACACUGCAGUGAGGUGGCUUAGGGCAUUGGAAAAGGCAGGCAAGUAUCAUGUUGAGGCAUGGUCUUGACCGCUGCUUGGUAUCUUUUCCAUCUUCACCUUAAAAUCUAGGGAUGAGGAGCCAAAAAUCCGUGCCCUUUUCAGCCAAGUUAUUUCUACAUGAUUCAUAUUUACCAUAUUCAUUCGCGGAAUUUGUAUCUAGUAUUCACAAAAAAGUUGGUGGCUCUAUCGACAGAACAGAGUGCAUCAGAAGGAAGUCUCGCUCGAUCAUUGCCUAGGACAAUUUCUCUCGUCAUUUGGGGAGGACUUUUAUCUGCUUGUCAGAAAAAGUUCAAUUGGAGCUGUAAAUCCAGAGCGACCCCUUAUAUGGUGCAACAUUUGUGUUGGGAAUUGAAUUCAUGUGAAGUUACGGAUUUUUGAGAUGUAGCAUUUCUUUUUAUUUUAUCCCAAAAUAAACAGAAAAGGCAAGUAUGGCAAUUUUUUCAA